UGUUUUGAGGAAUGAAGGCUAUACAAUGCUUGAAAUUGCCCCAAAAAACUGAAGAUUACAUACAGAGGUGUACACUACAGUCUUCAAAGACAAAGGACAACUGGCUCUAACAAGGACAGAAAGAGAUGUGGAAGGCCAGAUGUACAACUAAACAAGAGGAUAAUUACAUCAGAGUCUCUAGUUUGAGAAAUAGACACCUCACAUGUCCUCAGCUGACAGCUUCAUUGAAUUCUACCCGCUCAACACCAGUUUCAUGUACAACAGUAAAGAGAAGACUCAGGGGGAACUUUCAGGCUGGAGUAAUGGACAGCAGUGAAGCUCCAGCUAAGAGGCCUGUUACUCUCGAUAUAGAGGGAACAGGUGAGUCUGAGAUGCUUGAAUCCCCUGCCCUUCCCCAGUCUGAUCUCUCAGGCCAGUCUCAACCUACAAUCGCCCCCUUCCAAGAGGAGAGCAUCGACCUGGACCCUGAAGUGUUUGCUUCACCGCAGAAUGACAGUGCUAACUCCGAGGGCUUCAUAGACAAGCUGUACGACCAGAUGAUGGAGAGUGUGAUGAUUUCAGAUUCACCCAACAGCGAGGAGGAGGACGUUGUUCCCAUUGACACACUGUUGGGGCAGAAUGAAGUUGAGGAGAAUGAAGUUGAGGAGAACUUGGAGUCAAGAGAGGAGGAAGAGGGGAAGACUGACAAUGCCACCUGUGUUAGUGCUGCUAAACCCGAGGAGGCAUCUGCACUUUUAUAUAAAGAUGAAAAAGAAGAGGAAAAGAAUAUGGAGGCUCAUCAGACAGAUGAAGGGGAAAAUGUUGCCCAUACUGCCCCAGACACCCCCAGUCCUGAGAGUCCCAAAACUCAGGAUACACCACUCGAGGUGGGUACAGGUACGACCCCCAAAGAGGAGCCCAUCCCAGUUUGUACUAUCUUCAGCCAGGGUGUGCCACCCAAAACACAAGCCCUGAUACCCGACGGCUUCCAGCCCACCUUGAUCAAGUCUCCAAGCUUUACCAUCGGCAACACAGAAACCCCCAACAAACUCAUCCCUCAAGUGUGCCAGCCCAGUCCUAGCUUAAGUAAGUUCUUUACGGAUAGCAGCGCGGUUAAUCCCGCUUCGGAUUUCUUCGAUUCUUUCACAACCUCUACGUCUUUCAUAUCAAUCAGCAACCCAAAUGCAGAAUCGCCCAAGGCGGCGAUCCCUUCAGAAUCACAGCUCUUGUCUGGCGCCAGCAGUGCGCCCACCCCUGGAGCCCUGGAAGCUGUUCCUGCCAGCACAUACUUCAGCCCAGUUCCGAAGCCUCAAGCGAGUCCUGUGGAUACUACGGCGUCUAUGAGCAAGCUCCAGGCUGUGUUCUCAAGUGGUGACGACCCCUUUGCAAGCGCUCUGAGCACCAGUGAGGUGGAUAAGCGUUAUGAUGCCUGGCUUCCCUCGGAGGAGACCAGGAGAGUGCUGAUAUCAGUGGCCACACAGCAGGUUAACCCGGUGCAUAUCGAGAGAGAGCAGCUGGCCAUGCCUGGACUCAAAUUUGAUAACUUGCAGGGCGACGCUGUGAAGGAUCUGAUGCAGCGCUUACUGGGUGACCAGGCAGCCAUGAACAGACAGGUGCUCUCGGCCAGUUCAGUGGAGCAGAACUUCCUGGGUCUCAAACGGCUAAUUAGCACUAAAAACUGGAGGGCGGCUGUGGAUUUGACGGGCAGACUGCUGACAGCUCAUGGUCAGGGCUACGGCAAAAGUGGACAGCCCACCAACCACACCACAGAUUCCUUACAGCUGUGGUUUGUGCGUCUGGCUCUUCUGGUCAAGUUGAACCUCUUUCAGAACGCUGAACUGGAGUUUGAGCCCUUUGGGAAUCUGGAUCAUCCGAACCUCUACUAUGAAUACUAUCCCACUGUAUACCCUGGAAGACGAGGUUCAAUGGUGCCGUUCUCCAUGCGUGUCUUGCACGCUGAGCUCCCUCAGUACUUACAGAAGCCACAGGAAACUCUGGACCGCUUGCACAGAAUAAAGAGCAUCUGUCUGAAGAUCCUGAGUAACCUGCAGGAGGGUUUAGCUGAGGAUGGCAGUAUGAUGAACCUCACGCAGGAGAACAGACAAGCCUCGCUGCAGCUGUGGAGGUCUCGUCUGAGCAGGGCGAUGUACUCCAUGGCAAACUGUCUGCUAAUGAUGAAGGACUACAUUCUGGCAGUGGAUACAUAUCACUCCAUCAUUGAAUACGAGCCAGAGCAAAGAGUUCAGCUGCUGAGUGGAAUUGGACGCAUUUUCUUACAGAUCGGGGACAUUAGAACUGCUGAGAAGUAUUUUCAGGAUGUGGAAAAUUCCUGUCAGUCAAAGGGACUACCACCUGAUGAAGACACUUCAGUUCUGAUGAACAGGGCCUUUGUUUAUCUUAGUCAGAAUAAUUACGCGGAUGCGCACACAUGUUUUUCCAGCGUCUUAAAAAUUGAUCCCAAGAACCCUGUGGCAAACAACAAUGCUGCCGUGUGUCUGCUCUAUUUGGGAAGGCUGAAGGAGUCCCUGGGUCAGCUGGAGAGCCUGGUGCACAAGGACCCAGCGCUCUACUUGCACGAGAGCGUGCUUUUCAACCUCACUACUAUGUACGAGCUGGAGUCGUCCCGCAGCACGCAGAAGAAACAGGCUCUGCUCGAGGCCGCGGGCUGCCGAGAGGGAGACAGCUUCAACAUUCAGUGUCUCAAGCUAGUAUGAGACACCCACAAUCCAACAAGUAGGACAUUACCUGAUGAUUACAAGUCAGGCAUGAAUGAACAUGUUGUGGCUGUAGUGAAAAAUGCUGUUUAUCUUUUGCAUUUGAAGCUUUUAGAAGAUGUAUGUUAAUCCUACAAUGUACCAGAAGGACCAAAGGUAACUUGUUAACUCAAUGAUAUUUGACAGAAAAAGGGUAAAGCACCUUACCAAUGCUUCAAGAAUCAAGAUAAAUGCUUUUUAAAUGCAACAAAUGAUUGUUUUCAAAGAGUGUAAGCUAAUUACAAAUGUACUGUGUAUUUCUGCACAUGAAAAAAGGAAAUCUUGUUAAUAAAUGUAUGAACCUG